AUGAGCGCCCAAGGCCCCUCCGCCCUCCCGCCUACAACGGUGCUGAGUACCAAGACAAUCUCCCAGUCCGCUGCGCACGACUUCCUGGCCGCUUACCUGGACCGCGCUGGCACCGAUCCCUCUCUGCAGCCAAAUGCCAGCAUCAGCGAGCACGGCCCGGUCUCGCGCACCACCGCCGCGGCACCCAAUUUGAUCCUCCACAACCUGAAGCGCGUGCAGGCCGGUCUGGCCGGCGAGGUCCUGGGCCGUGAUCUUACUGUCCAGACGCAAAACCCUGGCGAGGAGUACCUGAAUGCUGGUGUGAACAUCAACCAGAAUGAGAAUGGAGAGGGGCAGGGACAGGGCGAGAAGAACGAUCUUGAGAUGCAGGAUGUCGAGAUGGAGGCUGAGGCUGAGGCUUUCGCCGAGCAGGAGGGACAGCAGGCUACCGUCGACAAGGAGGAGCGCAAGAGGAAAAAGAAGGAGCGAUGGCAGGCGGAGAAGAAGGCUAAGGCCAAGAAGGAUGUUGACUCGGAUUGA